AUGACCGCUAUUGCAACCGCACCAGUCAUGAGUAGCCAUGACUCAGGAACAGAGGCGGGCACAGAACAUAGCCCUUCCCGUUUCACUGCGGUGAACGGCAAGGACACUUCCGUUCCCCUCAAUGGGGCCAAUCCCAUUCCAACUCAGCAAGACCGAGUCUCCGUGAGUCUAGAUGUCCGGGAUCAUUCCAGGCAAGAUAUCUCAGAACAUGACGAAAAUAGCCCUGAAGACUUGUCAUCACGGCCAUCGCCAGGGACAUCGGCGCACAGCCACAAACGCAAGAGAUCUUACUCGAGGGAGCAAGAGUCACGGCAUCCAUCGGAACCGGGUGGCACGGGCAGAAACUCCAUCAGCCAUCCAUCUGAAUUGAAUGCUCCGCCAAAUUCCAGUGGAUUGGGCUCAGGGUCCGUCUCAGAUGUGGAGAUAGCGCCCCAUUUACAUGGCCGAUCCGACCCCCCGGAAUCCGCCCAGCCUCCCUCCAAUGGCUCAUGGCCGGAAUAUGAUUCUCAGCUGGUGAGCCAAGCUCAACGAGCUCAGCAAAUCGACACAUCCGACGCUCAGCUGGCUGAUGCGCUUCAGAGAGAGGCGCAUUCCCAAGAUCCCAACCAUCGCAACUCAUCCCGUCCAAACCCCUCCGCCCCCACGAGUCAGCCCUCCUCAUCACCCGCGUAUUCUUCGGAGCGACCGACGACAGCAGUACAGGUCGCACCUAAGCGUAAGCGGGUCUUUAGUAACCGAACUAAAACUGGUUGCAUGACCUGUCGACGCCGAAAAAAGAAAUGCGACGAGCAGCAUCCAUCAUGUAAUAAUUGUCUUCGUGGAGGAUUUUUAUGUGAAGGAUACUCAUCACGAAGUACUUGGCAAAAGCCUACGACCCCCAAGGCUCCGGUUCCGCUACAGUCGAAAGAAGGAUAUCCUGAAAUCGGCGGACAAUAUCUCCCAGAGGCACAGCAUCAUGACCGACAAAUGACAGAGCACAUGGAUGUUCGAAAAAUGCGCCCAGUUGUGGUAGAGGAGGAGCGACCUGUCCCACAAUAUAAUACUAGUCCUACAGAGACCAACUCCGCCCACCCAACGUGGCCGAAACGUGUAUGGCCAACGCCCAACCACCAACCACCGUCAUAUCCAUCUGAGCAUGUGGACAAGCCCGAUUACCGAGGGGUCCCAUUAAUUCAUGAACUUCCCCGAGAGGCACCGCCCAAGCCGGACUAUCCUAACGUACCCCCGAUUCGAGAAAUCUCUCAUGGACCACCACCAAAGGCAGGCAUGCCUCUUCUCUUCCAAGGCUCUACGGUGCCGCCGGUUCCUGCUACCACUACUAUGGAUACGAACAGCCCCCAGGUGCAAGCCAGAAUGGCGUUGAGUAUCGAGAACCAAUUAUCUAAUCGCAAAAGUAAUACCGACACCGAAAUGGACAAAAUGAUCAAAGGCGAUCUUUACCAGCCGUUUGACCUGCAACUCAUGGAGGCAAAAGCACGAUGCCGAAGUGCGCUGGCGCGAUUCAAUAAUGCCUGUAACCCCCUUGGUGGGCUAAGCUCUAAAGAGCAGAAUCGCCUCCUAAAAGAAAUUCUGGCACCUCAGCCUUCAUGUAUGCUUAAACCUCCUGGGUCGCCGGGCCCCUCCGGUUCGAUGUGUCGCCCCGCCCCAAGCAUUGAGCCAGGAGCAAUUGUGGAGUCUCCCUUUACUUGUCAUUAUGGCCAUCUCAGUAUUGGCGAGGAUGUCAUGAUCUCUCACGAUUGCUUUUUUAUCGACGACUGUUAUAUUUUUAUUGGCGCCCACACCUGGGUUGGGCCGAAGGUCACCAUCCUCACUACCAUGGCGCAUUUAAGCAUGCAGGAACGUAAAGGCACUCAAAGUCGAUAUGAAGGGCGGCGAGUGCGCAUCAUGGAAGACUGCUAUAUCGGUGCCGGUUGCACCAUAUACCCUGGGGUAACACUAGGCAGAGGUGCUUAUAUUGCCCCCGGGGAAGUCGUUCGAAGUGAUGUUGUUCCUUAUGGAUUUCAAGGGUUCAAACCCAACUACAUGUGA